AUGGCUUUUUCAUCACAGCUGCACAAAUCUCUUCUCCCAGUUCUCUUCCUCCUCUGUGUCCCACUCUCAUGUCUCUGCCAGUCGUCAAACAGCAGCUCAGCCAACGCCACAACCAACGCCCCAACCAUAGCUGCUCCUUCCUCAAAUGAAACUUCCCUAAAAGGUGUGCCGGGCUGUGGCAAAAGACUGAAUCCAAUCUACAGGUACCUGUGUGACCGCAGAGCAGCAUGGGGUAUCGUCCUUGAGACCCUGGCCUCUGCAGGGUUCCUGUUUAGCAUGGCUCUUCUCUUUUGCCUCCUGCUCUGGUCCACGUGGAUUUGCAUCUCAUCACGACAGCGCGUUGGCAUCGGAGGCGCAGUAGCCUGCAUGUCCCUGUUCCUAUUAGCCACCGCCGGGAUCUUCGCCAUCACCUUCUCCUUCAUCAUUCGCCUCACUCCUCAGACCUGCCCCACCAGACUCUUCCUCUUCGGCGUGCUCUUCUCAUUGGCUUUCUCCUGCCUGCUGGCCCGCUGCCUCGCUCUGCUGGGUUUUGCUGCCACCAGAGGUUGGGGAGAGCUCGGUGUUGCUCUGGGGUUGUUCAUGGUGCAGGUUAUCAUCUGUACAGAGUGGCUGAUCCUUGUGUUGGUACGGGACAAGAGACCAUGUGCAUACCGCCAAGAUGAGUUUGUCAUGUUGCAGAUCUACGUGCUGUGCCUCCUUGCAAUCAGCUUGAUCCUCUCCUUGCGCUUCCUGUGCCGAUCCUGCUUCACAUACAGCUACGGCUACCAAGGGGCCGCCCACUACCACUGGAGGAUGCAGGCUGGGCUCCUCUUCCUCACACUGAUGCUCUCUGCGUGCAUCUGGGUGGUGUGGAUCACCAUGCUUACCUGGGGGAACCCUGAGGUGAACCGUCGGCCACAAUGGGACGACCCGGUGCUCUCCAUUGCCCUGGUGGCAAAUGGUUGGGUGUUACUGAUGGGUCACGGGUUGUCUCAGGUUGCUUUCCUCUGCAGAGGGGAGGCAAAGUCCAAAGAUGCUCCUCUGAGCUUUGCAGGCUGGACUAGCCCAAGUGCUGAUAUCCCAGGACUGGCCAGCCCAAAGGAAGGGAAAGAAAACGGAAGCUUUGAGAACGAGGCCGAAAACAGACGAGGUGAGGAGCUCAUAUGACGAGUCAAACGAAGAGGUGCUUCAUUUACGGUUAAAUAUGUCAAUUAACUAAAAUCUGAUGAUCGCUUUUACAAGUUAUUGACUGCUUUGUCAGUUUCAAGGAGAGAAUAAACUAGGGUGAACAUAUUCUGACUUCUCAAAAAAAGGUCACAACUAUGCAGGGGCGGAGUCACAGAGUUACACAAAGUUAAUUUUGAGAGUUUUUCAGGUCAGAUCGAGUGUCUUUUACGGGCUUCUAACUCAGUCAGUCCACAUAACACAAACUCAAAACUUAGGUACCAAACCGCAGACAUUUGAAGGAUUCAACUUUCCGGACAAAGCUGGAGAGCCCAGACGGCCCCCCAAUAGGAGGACAUGUCCGGGUAAAAGAGGACGUAUGGUUACCCUAAGUAAACCCUGUCCCAGAAGCCAAAUAUUUCUGAUAUUAGCUUACAACAAAAGCCAUAAAACAAUGUUAGUUUUUAUGUAGUACAGAGCAAGGUUGUAGCAGCCCUUCAUGUGUUAGCUUUGAGGUUGUGAAUCUAACUUUUCAAUGGUUAACACAUUUUUUUGUGAAUCUUUUAAAAAAAACUUUAACAGUCCAGCUGUAAAGGCUCUUUACCUUCAGGCUACUUCAAAGUCUCACCAACAAACUCGAGUUAAGUCUGGAUAGCAAAAAUGCUGAUAUGCUUUUCUGCCUUUUAAUUUCAAUAACAACUAUAUUGAUCCAAAUAAAGGGCAAUUUUCCCCCAUGACAUACAUCUGGAAAAGCGUAUCCCUCAGGACUGAGCACGGCUGGCACUUAAAACUACUGUGCCAGAUUUAAGCCAUGUCCACACGGAAACAAAAAUAAUAUAUUGCUGUUUUGUUUUUAAAAGUUUUCUGUAAAGCUGGAAUUGCUUCAGGAAAUAUCAGUGUAAGCACCAAACCACUGAAAACCACUAAAAACAAUGUAGUGCAAAUGCAAAGCCAGUAAGUGGUGCUUUAACGCUAACCCGGAAAUGCACCAAAGGACAGAUGAAAAGUAUGGAGCAAGCAUGCUAAUACAGAUGUUUUGGUUUGUUCAUGCAGGCACCUUUAGGGAGUUACACAGUUGCAUGGCAUAAUCAUUUCAAGAAAGAUGCAGAUAGGUAUCCACAUGUUAAUGAAACGGUAUGUAGAUUUAUCCACUCUGGGACCCGUUUUCAAAAAGUAUCAUUUACAAUCAACUGAAAAGUCAUUUCUGUGGGGAUGACAUGCUGAUAGGACAAAAAACUUUUGCGUUUACUCCUGAAUUUGUUUCCGUGUGACCGGGGCCUUAGGUCUGCCUUAGCUCCAGUUAAUUCAACUUCACUGUCUUUCUGAUUUAGCUUUUUACAAAUAAAUACGAGGUUGAAAUUAAAAUACUAACAUUUGCUUUUUUGAAACGUGUCAUCCCAUUCAGGGUCAGACAAAUUUGAGUUAAAUUGAAAAAAUAAGUCCACAGCUUUAUGGCCGGUGGGGUCACGUUAGGUCAUUGUUUGCACAUUGCUCAUAGAGGGAGGUUUUCCCAGAAGCGGUAAUCAUUGUGUUUUCUUGUUUGUGGAAAGACGAAAAAUUUGAUUCACCGACUCGUUCGCAUGUGCAUGCAUUUGGAAAAAAUGUGCAAAUUUACACUUGAUUAAAAAUGUGAUUAAUUUCUAUGAUUAUACAUUUCACACCUUGUUCCUUCUUACAUAUGUGCACAGAAGUGAGUCUGUAUAUUGGGGUGUUUACCUCUGUCUUGGAAAAAGACAUUUUUAUUCUCAGCUGGACUAACCUGACUAAACAGAAGUUAAGUAAUACAGAAAAAGAGAAAAUCCAUCCAACUUUAUGCAAAUCUCUUGAUUAGAUGUGCCUUUGAAACUCGCCCUCUCUGUGAUAUUUCAGCUCUGAAAUUGCUGUUCAAUACAAUCAGAUUUUAUAAAUUAUCAUUAAGAUUAAACCACAAGUAGAUUUUAUGGUUUCAUAGCUGGACAUGCUCACUGUAGUAUAAAUCAGAGGCCAAAAUGAAGAUGGAACUGCAGUCCAACAUUACAAAUGAGUUUUGCUAUCCGUCAGCUUGACUCUCUUUCUUUCUCUGAUGAACAAUAUAUAAUGAACCACUAAUGAGCUAACUGUAUCAUGUGUCUCCUCUCAGGCCUCAGAUCUGAGCAAUCGCUGCGAUCGCCCUACGAGUCCGGAUUCUCCAUGACAGUGAGUAAUACGCCAUUAGGAUUAACAAUCCGAUCCCACAUACUUUGCAAUUAAAUACCCCGACCUCUCGCUGCUGUGGGCCAUUACAGUGAAGUCAUGCUGUAAGGUUAAUGAAAACACUGUUUAUCAUGGGGAUUAAUUACAGCAACAUAAUUAAUAUGUGAUUUUAUGUUUCUGUGUGAUUCAGGACAUCGACCCAGAAAAAGAUUACACCAUCCCCCGCCCUCAGACCACCAACUACCAGGAGCCUUAUGAUGACUAUUAUAUCGAGGAUUAG